UCGAGCUUCGAAAAGCGAAAGACCUCGUGCGCCACUUCUAUUUAUCUUCCCCACCGCUGCGUCACAAAUUCUCCCACACGAGCAAGAACUCCCCGGAGACUUUGAGCUUGCAGUGCAUGUGCAUUCCACAACGUUUCUCUCCGCCAAAACCAAGCUAUAUAUGCUCAGUGCUCCUGUGAUCUGAGUCUUCGCAAAAGGACACCUUCAAACAUUCGAGCGCGCGCAUUGGCACAGCUAGUCCCAUAUGGCAUGUUUAACUCUGCUCCCAUGCCUCUUGCUGCUUAGCCUCGUCAUGCUGCUUGCCGUCGCGGCCAGCGGCGACAACUCUACUCUCUCCGGACAGAUCCGCAUAAACUGCGGCUCGUCUGUCUCGGCCACCGACUCGGACGGCCGGACAUGGGACGGUGACGCCGCCUCCAGGUUUGCGCCAUCGGUGGCCGGCGUCGCGUCCGGUGCGUCGUACGUGGACCCGUCGCUCCCGUCCACCGUCCCGUACAUGACCGCGCGCGUGUUCGCCUCCAGCUACACGUACUCCUUCCCCGUCAGCCCCGGCCGCGUGUUCCUCCGCCUCUUCUUCUACCCGUCCGCAUACGGCGACCGCGGCGCCGCCGCCGCCCUCUUCGGCGUCACCGCGGGCGGCGUCACGCUGCUGGAUGACUUCAACGCGUCCCAAACCGCGCUGGCGCUCAACUACGCUUACCUCGUCCGCGAGUUCUCCUUGAACGUCAGCUCCGGCGGCAACCUCGACGUCACCUUCACCCCGUCCGGGCAGAGCGCCUCCGGCUCCCGCCACUACGCGUUCGUGAACGGCAUCGAGAUCGUGGCCAUGCCGGACAUGUUCACGAAGGCAGUGCCAACCUUCGCCAACGGCGGGCGCCCGGACCCGAUGCCGAUCCGCGCCGACACGGCAUUCCAAACCAUGUACCGCCUCAACGUCGGCGGCAGGGCCGUCUCCCCGGGAGACGACUCCGACCUCCUGUACCGCACGUGGGACAACGACGUCCCUUACAUAUUCGGCGCGGCAUUCGGCGUAUCCUAUGGGAAAGACAGCAACGUGAGCAUCCAGUAUGGUCCGGCCGUGCCGCCGUACGUCGCGCCGGAGAGCGUGUACGCCUCGGCGAGGUCGAUGGGCCCCAACGCGCAGAUCAACCUGAACUACAACCUCACCUGGGCCCUACCCGUCGACGCCGGGUUCUACUACAUCGUAAGGCUCCACUUCUGCGAGAUCCAGUACCCGAUAACAAAGCUGAACCAGCGAGCCUUCUACAUCUACAUCAACAACCAGACGGCUCUGGCGGACAUGGACGUGAUAGGUCGGAGCGGGGGCGUCGGCAGGCCGGUGUACACCGACUACCUCGUCGUCACGGUGCCGGGGUCCAGCCAGACGGACCUGUGGGUCGAGCUGCACCCGGACGUGAACACCAGGCCGGAGUAUUACGACGCGAUCCUGAACGGCCUCGAGGUGUUCAAGCUCCAGAGGUACGACAGCGACAGCCUCGCCGGCCCGAAUCCGCCGAUCCUACAGCAGGUCCAGAUCAACGCGGUGGAAGGCAGCGGAGCUGGAACCAAGAAGAAGAGCGGUGCGUUUGCAGCAGCAUGGGCCGCGGCCGCCGGUGGCCUCGUCGCGGUGUUGGUGGGCUGCAUCUGCGCGUGGGCUAUCUGCAGGCGGAAGAGGAAGGCCGCUUCAGCGGUCGUUCACGUGCCGCAGGCCGUCCGUGAAACACCGGCUUAUGUAAUCCUGGGCCAAACUAAAAUCCCUGCCUUUUCCUACCCGGCCCGUUAAUAAAUGCGGCCAUACAUGUCGCCAUGCUGGGCUCGUACUUUGGUCGGCCUUCAACGGAAGAUCUGUAACUGGGUCAUUGUAAUUGGGCCCUGAUGGCAACCUCCUCUCGACUUUAUUUA